AUGCAGGGGUGACGGCGGACCGCCUCCUGUUUGAGCAGGAGGACCGACGUCAGUGUUUGUGCCAUUCCGUGGAAGAUGGCGGAGGCUGCGGCUGUUCCACAGCAUCGGUUCUUCUGUCACUGUUGUAAAGGCGAAGUCAACCCCAAACUCCCGGAAUAUAUAUGUCCCAGAUGUGAGUCAGGCUUCAUAGAGGAAGUGACAGAAGACUCCAGUCUGCUGGAGGGUGGCGCUAACGGGAUCAGUGAUGACACAGCUACACAGUUUGCAGAGCUCUGGCACCUGUUGUUUGUGGAACGGCCUUUCACGGUGGACUCUGACAAUUUGGACCCUGACUCCCGCGGUCCAGGUGGGGGCGGGGGAGGCCCCAUCGGCACAGGUCUGGGAGGGGGUCUGGGGACUCCACUCGGAGGGGGUGAACACUGGGGUCCUGGGCGUCCCCCUCGCCUGCACAGUCAGAGGAGAUACCGGUCUCGGGGCAGCAGUCGACCUGACCGCUCACCAGCAGUAGAAGGGAUUGUACAGCAGUUUUUGGCUGGUCUCUUUGCCAACUCCGGAGUCCCCGGCUCUCCUCCGCUCUCAUGGACUGGCAUGCUGCACUCGAACCCCGGGGACUACGCCUGGGGUCAGGGGGGACUAGACGCCGUCAUCACACAGUUGUUGGGUCAGUUUGAGAACACGGGCCCCCCUCCUGCAGAGAAAGAGAAAAUCUCCUCCCUCCCCACAGUCAUCGUCUCUCAGGAACAAGCCGACUCCAAUAUGGAGUGCCCAGUGUGUAAGGAGGACUACGCGGUGGGCGAGCCUGUCAGACAGCUGCCUUGCAACCACUUCUUCCACAGCGACUGCAUAGUGCCCUGGCUGGAGCUGCAUGACACGUGUCCGGUGUGCCGAAAAAGUCUGAACGGGGAGGACAGCAGCACCCAGCAGCCCACGGAGCCCUCAUCCCUCAACACGGACCCCCGCACACAGGAGAGAUGGUCCUUCUGAGAGCUACACUGUCAUCUCAUCUUUUCUCCCUUCACGCGCCUCCCCCACACACAGGAGACAGUUGUCUGAGAUAAACCUUCAUCUCGUCCCUCCGUCGCCUCUCUCUCCCCCUGCCCACAUUCGUAGGGAGAUUGGCCCUCUGAGAGGUACAUCUCCACGUCCUCCCUCCACCUCUCUCACGCACAUAAGGAGAUGGGUCUUCUGAGAGAUUCAUUUUGUGCCUCAGUCUUACCCUCUUUUCUCAGUGCAUCUCAGUCUGUCACCUAGGAGAUGUACACCCUUCCUUGUAAUACUCUGUCCUGUUCUCUGAGUGGCCAUGUUUUGUUCAUUGCAGAGAGGGAUUCAUGGCCUCAUGCCUUUCUUCUGUGCUGGCCUAUUCAUCUUGGCACCUUUUAUUCUGUCUUUCCGCCCUGUCAGCCUAUGGCAGGUAGCAGAGGAGGCUGGACCUUUGAAUUCCUCUUCUUAUCUAAAGUUGACACCCAGCCGAUUACAGCCAGUCCAAUAGGGCGUCGUUACCAAAGCCCUGGAUCACAAACGGCAGUGGUAUCACCCUUCCACAGACAGGAUUGGCUAUUGAACCAGUUUCACUCCUUUUCCCCAUUCGCUUCUGCAAUUCGGCAGUAUGCUGUAUAAGUUCAGUAAAACUUUCUGAUAAUUCCCACUGAACUCCUCUGCCUUCAUACCCCUAUCUGAUUGUACUCUUAUCUGUCCCGCACCUUUCACUUAAUUCUCUCUCCAGAUCCAGCUCACUGGUUAAUGCACUGCAGACUUGUAAUUCCCUAUUGGUCUUUUGAAAACACAGUCACUCUGCCUAUUUCUUCCCCUGUCUCUGUCAGUCUCCACAUCCCCCUCAACAGCUCUCUUGCUGGUGUAUAUAUUACAACAGAUCUUCAGCAGUUAAUUUCUUCAGUUGACAAAUUUAUCUUUUGUUCUCAUUUCUAUCGCUCUAUUUUUUUAAUGUAAAUAAUUUUAGUCCAACAACUUUUGGUUAAAAAAAAGACUAAGCAAGCAUAUUGAUAAUAAAUGGU